UCCAGUCUUCUAGACUAGAAUCUGACCCUGUCUGACUUUUUUUUGUUAAUACGCCAGAACACACUGACUGUGACUGACACAGAAGUCAGAAGUUCAGUCCACUUCACUGCACUGGUCUCCAGAAGUUACAAAAAUCUUCAAUGAAAAAGUUAGAAAUCUAGUGUGAAACCCUUCCUGUGCUUCAUUGAUGAUCUUCACAGUCUUAGUGUAAAUCUGGAAACUAUAUCAAGAUAGAAUCUAGAUAGAAAUUAUAGACAAGCAUAACCAACAAUUCUGACAUUGUGGACAAGAAACUAGUAGUCUAGUCUUUUUCACUAAUGGUAAAGAGUAGUGACUCUAAAGCCACAAUAGCGUGUAUUUAAAGUAACAUCAAACUAUAUACUGCAAUAUGUCCUUGAAGAAAGAAACACCCUCUGAUCAGCAAAUGCACAUUGCUGCUUUGCAAGGCAAUUUAGAACUAUUGUUAAGGGUACUUGAUUCUGGGAGAGUCCAUGUGGAUUGCAAAGACAAGGAAGGAACUACUCCACUGAUUCUAGCUGCUGCUAACAAUCAUCUGAACUGCGUACAGGCACUGUUAGAACAAGGGGCUGACCCUAAUGCAAGAAGACUGACUGGAACAUGUGCAUUGUUUUUUGCCAGUCAAGGUGGAUUUUUAGAUGUAGUGAAGAUUUUAUUGAAACACGAUGCAAACGUUGAUCUGGCAAGUUUUGAUGGAGGUACACCUUUAUUUGUGGCAUGCCAGUGUAACCACCAGGAUGUUGUCGAAGAGCUGUUGGCUAGAGGGGCUGACAUCCAUGCCCAGAUGAUUGAUGGGGCCACUCCACUUUUCAUAACAGCCCAGAAUGGCCACACAGAACUACUCAAGUUUCUUUUGUCUAAAGGUGCAGAUCCAAACUUUGCCAGAAAGGAUCUGGCAAGUCCACUUUGGAUAGCUGCUCAAAUGGGUCAUACACAGGUUGUAGCAGAAUUACUUAAAGCUGGUGCUGAUGUGGAUGCAGUUAGAGAGGAUGGUGCCACACCAUUGUUUAAGGCUUGUCAUAAGGGGCAUUUAGAUACUAUUACUGAAAUCUUAAAGCAUAAACCAAAUCUAGGUAUUCUGAAAAAUGGUGAAACAGUACUACAUGCUGCUGCUUUAUUUGGUCAUUCAAAAGCUGUUAGAUUAUUGUUACAGUCAGGAAUUCCAGCAGAUAUAAAAAAUAAGGAAGGACAAACUCCUGCUGAGCUUGCCAUUGAAGCAGGCUACGAUUAUAUUGCUACAUAUAUCAAUAGCUUUCAAUUAGAGACUGAUGCCAAAUCGAAUUGAAUGUUAGUCCAUUUGGACAAAUCAAAAUUGUAACUUCGUAGAUAAUCAUUAUUUAUUGUUUUCUGUUGAAAUAUAUUUUUU